AUGGCUCUGCUUUCGCUCUUGGGGCUCGUCGCUCCGGUCCUGUCUGCAGCGCAGGGGGACUACCAGAAGUAUAUGAGCCAAUACGCAGGUGAUUACGAGAAGUACAUGCACGGGGGUGGCGGAAACGGUGGGAGUGGGGACUACGAAAAGUACUACAAGAAGUACAUGUCUCAGUACGGCUCGGGUGCCUCCGGUGGCUACGAGAAGUUCAUGUCACAAUACGCAGGCUACGCGAGCAAGUACAUGCCGUCCUCGGCAGAGGCAGAGUCGAAGUCCGCUGAGCCUAAGCCAGUGAGCUUCGCUGCAUCCGAUGCAUCCGAUGCCUCCAAGAAGGACUCUGCCGACAGCGAUGAGAAGGCACAGCAUUCAGAUUCACAGCAGCAGAGCGGCUACCAGCAGUACAUGAACCAGGGCUCCGAGAGUGGCGACUACAGCAAGUACAUGCAAGGACAUGGCUCUCAGGGAAGUGGCUACCAGCAGUACUACUCCAAGUACACUCAGAACCAUGGGUCGCAGGGUGGGGACUACCAGCAGUAUCUGAAGUCCUACGGUGGCGACUACAGCAAGUACAUGCAGGGUCAUGGCUCCCAGGCCGGAGACUACAAGCAGUAUAUGCAGUCCUACGGUGGCGACUACAGCAAAUACAUGCAGGGGCAGGGCUCCCAGGCCGGAGACUACCAGAAGUAUAUGCAGUCCUACGGUGGCGACUACAGCAAAUACAUGCAGGGGCAGGGCUCCCAGGCCGGAGACUACCAGAAGUAUAUGCAGUCCUACGGUGGCGACUACAGCAAAUACAUGCAGGGGCAGGGCUCCCAGGGAGGGGACUACCAGCAGUACAUGAAGGGCUACGCGAAGUACAUGCAAGGGAACAGUGGUCAGGGCGCCCAGGGAAACCCUGCACUUUUGGUGGCGGAUGCCUCCGGCUCCAGGUCCAGUGCCCCUAAGCAGAACCACGCAGACUCUGAGCAAAAGAGUUCAGACUCUGAGCACAAGGGUUCUGAGGCGUCAGAGAAGGACAAGGCAGAGCCGCAGGAGAUGUCUGAGCGCCAGCGCGAGCAGCUCGAGCGCCAGCAUGAGAAGCAGCGCUUGCAGCAGGAGCUGUCGUCGGAGAGGGCCAGCCUCCAUGCAGAGCUCGCAUCGGAGCACGCCCGGCUGCGCAAGGAGCUCGCGGCCGAAGCAAAGCAGGCGGCCGCUAGGGCCGCCGCCAAAGCCGCCGCGGCGAAGGAAGACGAGCGCUCGGGCGCUGCGUUGCUGGUCGGUGAGCCGGAGGUGAAGGAGACUGCAGAGCUGGAUGCAGAGAAGCAGCGGCUCCAUGACGAGCUCGCCUCCGAGCGCGAGAGCCUGCGCAAGGAGUUGGCGGCAGAGCAGGAGCAAGCCACGGCACCGGCCGAGUUGGCAGCAGUUCCGACUCCAUCGCCCUUCCUCUUUGUGGCUGCGACCCUCGCGGCGGGCUCCUUCGUCGCCGGCCUUCUCCGCCUUCGUCGGCAGCACCAAGCUCUGCAGGACUGGGCUCCAAGAGGGGGGCGGCACUGUACCCUACCAAAAAAAUUAUAG